GCUCUGGUUCAAACUCGGAUGAUGAUACCAAUGUGUGGAUUUGCGGCUUCCCGCGGAAGCUAAUUGCCACGCAAUUCGAGGCACGUUACACGAUUGUGGUCAUGCCUGUCCUUCCUGAUAGCGUUCACCAGUCUGCGAAGCCGAUAUUUCACAACAUGCCCUUUUCGUACAUGCUCGUCUUCCCGAACAAGGUUGUUGCCCAGAACUUCAAGGACGAAGUCGGCGCCCGCUCCAUCGUGAUUGGUUCGACCGACCCACGCGAUAAUAUGGUUCACAGCUCACGCGAAGGUGCCCACAAGCCGCCAGAGAUCCGGAAGAGGGGUUAUGUACUCAGCCAGUUGUGGCGCAUGACCAAGCAGAAGUUGCUCGACCAGCUCGCAUGGCGCGAGGGGAUCAGCAGUCUCGGCACGAACGCGUACAAAGGCACACUGUACUACAAGAGUGGCAUCGAUGCGUGGGAACUCUUCAAGGUCGAUGAGGACGGCAACCGCUACCGUGUCGGCUACCAGCACGAAGACUUGGCUGCUGUGUCGAUUCCUGUCGAUGCAGCGGCUCAGAUGGUUCAACAGCUAAGCUUCGAGACUCUGCUCCUGGAGGGGAUGGACUACCUUAUAGUCGUUGGAAGGUUCCAGUACUGGCUCCGCGAGCACGCUGGCGACGGCCAGAUGCCGAAGCCCGUGGACAUCCAUGCCCACUUCGCGCCGCACGUUCUCAGCCGCCGCAGGUCAGAGGCUGCGAUCGCCGCGCCGCGCAAGGCCGUCACCAGCACGGCCAGCCACGGGUCGCCCGCCGUGAGAG